CCUGCUCAAUCUACCGGUUGAAAUCUGACUUUUUUAUUAUUAUUAUUAUCUGAUUUUUUUUUUUUUUUAGCCCUUUAGGCGCUCCCCCAGAAAUGUAGUGGUAGUUUUUCUGUGGUUGUGAGAUGUGAGUGUUGUGACUGUGGGUGACACAGGAGGUGGACUGAGCGGAGCUGGGGGGCGCUCUGUUCUGCUCAGAGCAGGACGCAGGAGACGGUCGCUCUCCAAGGUUCUGAAAGUCGGGAGCGCUCCUUCCUCAGUCUCGCCUGCUGGCGAUUAGUGCAAACCUCAACUGUAAAAUCCUCUAAUGACUGCCUUCAUUCAGAAGUGCUUUGCUUUUUCCCCCCUUUUUUGCACAAUCUUUCGUCUUAGUCAUAGUGGAUUUUUGUUUUACAAUGCAACCGCUGGAUGUACGCUCGCAUAUAUGCGCAACAAGACCGACAGCCGCUGACCAACCUGCAUCAUUUGGAUAUACUGACUAUACUCUGGAUUCCCAAGGAACGCUAUACGGAGGAUUUUAAGCAGUUUUCUCUUUCCUUUUUUGUAGCUCUGUGCGUCCGUGCCGCAUGCUGUUGGACGUGAACUGCGAUAUUGUCUCAGAAAGGUGAGUCGGAUGAGGGUAAUGAUGACACAGACCUACUUUUUCGUGAAUGUCACCGUCUUUGCAUUUGCAAAGAGCGAAGAAAAAAAGGCUGAUCACUACUUGCUUUUGAACCCUUAAUCCACGAGGAAGGAGGGGAACAAUAGUGUUACGGGGAACCUUGUGAAUCUAAUGCGUGGAUGAGAGUGAAGUUUCCAAUGGGCAAGGCGACUAUCUGAGAUCUGUUCCAGCAAUCCGUGCUCUGGAUUUUCUUGGCUUCACACAAAGAGGAUAUCAAGAUAAAAAAAAAAAAUAACCACGAACAUCCCUUUCGGAUACACGAUGACAGCAGUGAUAACGAUGAUAGCAAUGAUAAAGACCUGGUCGGACCCGGAGAGAAUACCCGGAGCUUAGAGAUGACAUCCACGCAGUCGUGUUGAAUGUGGAUGUUACCGCCGCGGGGAAGGAUGGGCCCUCUCCUCUCGGCCGCCUCCGUCCUCCUCCUGUUUCUCCUCCUGGCCCUGAGCGUCGCGUCUCCGGCCACGGUUGGCAACCCCGAGGAUUACGUUGCCGACGAGGCAGAGCGGACCGCCGCGGAUAACAUCGUCUUUGACGACUACAGGGGAAAAGGGUGCGUGGAUGACAGCGGGUUCGUGUACAAGCUGGGGGAGCGUUUCUAUCCGGGACACUCAAACUGCCCGUGCGUGUGCACGGAGGACGGGCCCGUGUGCGACCAGCCCGAGUGCCCGAAACUGCACCCGAAGUGCACGAAAGUAGAGCACAAUGGAUGCUGCCCCGAGUGCAAGGAGGUUAAAAACUUUUGCGAGUACCGAGGGAAAACGUACAAAAUCCUGGAAGAAUUCAAGCCGUCGCCCUGUGAAUGGUGCCGCUGUGAACCAAAUAACGAGGUACACUGUGUGGUGUCCGACUGCGCUGUCCCAGAGUGUGUCAACCCUGUUUAUGAGCCAGAGCAGUGCUGUCCCAUCUGUAAACACGGUCCAAAUUGCUUUGCCGGAACGACGAUCAUCCCAGCCGGAAAGGAAGUAAAGGUGGACGACUGCACCAUCUGCCGCUGCCACAACGGAGACUGGUGGAAGCCGGCGCAGUGCUUGCGGCGGGAAUGUCUCAACGGCCAGUCUUCAUAAAGAGAGACUCCACUGCGGAUGGUGAAUAAACUCAGGCGAAGCUCUGCCUACUGCGCCAUUUUAUAUGAUUGACAGGGCAUGAGCACAAUUCCUACAAAAAAAACAAAAAGAGUAAAAAGAAAACGAGAGAGUGUAGAAUUAAAGAGAUGCUCUCACGAACUUCACACAAAUGCAAAAUUUUUGUCAGUGAGAAGAUAAUGGAACUUGUCUCACGGCUGUUCCCGCCCUGCAGUUUUACUCGGCCUAUAUAUUUUCAAAAGUUGACUCUGCUACUUUCUCUCAGAAACUUUCUAAGCUUCUUGAACUCUUUCCUAUCCACCGGCAAUGUUGAACUGCUCAUGUCAAGUUUCUGUAUGUAUGUCAUCAGCUUGUUGUUACUAUAUGUUCUUCACGGCCACGCUGGUGUUGUAAAGUUCGAACAGCAAGAAAAAGAAAAAAAGAAGAAAAAAAUUUAAAGCACACUUUACUGAGCUUUUUUAUGUUCUCCUGGUUAUACUAGGAUUACCACUGCAGAUAAACUUGAG